GUCUGCUCUGUAAAGGGGAAAUGACCUGGAUAAGUUUUGAGCAGAAAGCAAACUGAUCCAAACAACUUGCUUGAUUGAACUACUUUCAUCUGGAUCCAAGAGAGGACAAACGUUAUUGGGCUGUGGAAGAACAAUUCAUCUGAAGGUUACAUGAGUGGAAUAAGCCCCCGUGCUUGGCUUCAUCAGAACAGAGAAAGAGGACAGAAGACGGGCAGUGACCAUGGAGGCUGUAUCUCCCCCUCUCUUCACCACAGCUGGCCAGAUGCCUUGGUUUGUUCUGACUUUGUUAACAUCCUGGAUAGUCUUGUGUUCAGCAGAAUUAAAGCAGACAAGGUGGCCAUUAUAUUCCCAGACGCCAGUUCUUCUAGCUUGGAAUGCCCCAACACAGGAGUGUGGCCCGUGGCAUGGUGUAACUUUAUCUCUGGACCAGUUUGACAUUGUGGCAUCCCCCAAUGAGGGCUUUGUCCGACAGAACCUCACAAUUUUCUAUAAGGAACGCCUUGGGUUGUAUCCCUAUUAUGAGCGUAGUGGCACUGCACUGAAUGGAGGCCUUCCACAGCUUGCCAGCCUCACUCAACACUUUGAAAAAAUGCCUGAAGGUUUGCAGAAAUAUAUACGUGACCCAGUAGCGAAAGGUUUAGCUGUGAUUGACUGGGAGGAGUGGCGCCCAUUGUGGAUUAGAAAUUGGGAUAUUAAAGAUAUCUAUCGGAGUAAAUCUCGUGAAAUGGUGGCCCAAAAGAACCCAAAGUGGACUCCAGAACAAGUGGGAAAAGUUGCACAGCAGGAAUUUGAGCUGUCAGCUCGCAAAUUUAUGCUUGAGACUCUGAAACUUGCCAAGAGUUUGAGGCCAAAUCAGCUGUGGGGCUUCUACCUGUUUCCAGAUUGCUAUAACCAUGACUACAGGAAUGGCCUGAAUAACUACACAGGACGCUGUCCAGUUGUGGAAAUGGGCCGCAAUGAUCAACUUAACUGGUUGUGGAUGGACUGUACAGCAUUCUUCCCGUCUAUAUACAUGGGCUCCGUUCUUGCCUCUACAAAUUAUGGGCGCCUCUUUGUCCGGAACAGGGUGAAGGAGGCCAUGCGACUAGCAUCGGUUGGGGAUGGAUUAGCACGGCCAGUUUUCGUUUAUACCCGCCCUUCUUACAUGAAUCAGAUGACCCUUCUAUCUCAAACAGAUUUGGUCUCCACCAUUGGAGAGAGUAUUGCUCUCGGGGCUGCAGGUCUGAUCUUCUGGGGGGACACCUCCUAUGCAAGCAGCAGCGCCAGCUGCACCAUCCUAAAUGAUUAUCUCCAGGGACAGCUGGGCCGGUACCUCCUCAACGUGACUACAGCUGCUGAACAGUGCAGUCAGGUGCUCUGUAAGUCCCAUGGACGCUGUCUGCGCAAAAUAUCAGACAAUGACGUGUACCUGCAUCUCAGCCCCUUAACUCACAGCAUCACAAGUCAGGGUGGCCAGCUGAAGGUUACAGGCGUGCCUGGCCUAGCUGAGCUGGACUUUCUCCGCACACACUUCCAGUGCCAAUGCUACGGUGGGUACAGGGGUGAGGCCUGUGCUGAGAAAGAGGGGCAGAAUAGAGCUUCCUCUGUCUUAGGGACCUGGCCUCUUUGCCUUUUACUCCCACUAGGACUCCUCACUUUACUACACUGAGGAAGCUGAGAAAUGCAAACUAUUCACUGCUUCUGCCAGCUCUGAAGAUCACAGGUCAGACCUUCAACAUGAAGUUGCUAAGUUAUAGAUAUGCACUAUAGAAACUGAUACAUUUACAACAGCCGACACUCCCUCCUGUCAUCAGAGGUGAUCCCAGUAUGACAGGAGACUUUUUAUCCCAGCACACAGACCCAUCAAACUGGAACAUUUGUGUUUGACAAGCUGCACUGGCAGAGCUCCGACUUUAGGACCUCCUCCUGAAACGUAUUUUCAUUCAUACAUUUUAAAACUGUUCAACUCUUAAACUUAUAUCCAAUUAUGUCAAAAAAUCUGGCAUAUCUCUUAAAGGCCUCUUUCAUGCUUCAGAUUAGAAGAUACUCUAUACCAUUGCUGCACACAUGGAUUUGUGGAAGUCUUACCACAGAGGGCAAAAUGCCUUCCUAAUUAAUUUUUACAGUUUUUGAGUUUUGUUUUAUGAUCGACACAACAAUAGAACAACAUGAAGUAUUAACAAAAAUCUUGAUUUACACCUUAAACAUUGUUUCUUUCUGUUGUGGAAGCCUUAUGAAUGAAAUGUAAACAGUUUAAAUCCGUGCCUUUACCAUGCUAUGAAGUGCUCUUUUUAAUGGUCGCCUUUGUUUAGAAGUUUUGACUUUUAACAACAGUGUUUAUCUCAGCCCUUUGCUGAGCCCUGUGCUUUAUAAUGAUAUGAUUUCCAUAUUCCCAUUAGUUUUCAUUUUAAUAUACAAGAGGAAAGUUUGGACAGAUCUGUACUAGUGAGAUAAGAAAAGCUACAUUUUAUUUGAUUGCCAAAGGUGUCUUGUAAUUGACAUGGAAAUCAAUGUGAAAACAACUUAUGGAUUUACAUGUUAAGAAAAACAUUUCAGCAUUUAUUCAUGCAGUAUGUAAUGAUGUAAUGAAAAAUUAUUGAUACAAAUCUAACCUGGUUAGUCAAGUUUGGCCAGAAUUCUUUAAUAUGUAAGGGAACCUUAAUGUUUAUGUGAACAAAUAAUUAUAAAUGUUGCUCUCAAAUAUCAAAAUAACCCUUGGAAAUCCAGUAUUGUUCUGGCUCUAAACACAAUUAACAGUUUUGAUUUAGGGUGUAGUUUGAGUUGCACAGCAGCUUGUGAAUGGGAGAUAGCAACCAUGUAGGUAAAUCAUCAUAUUAGUUUAUUGCCAUCUACAUAUCUUUUCUAGACUAUAGCUGGCUGAACAGUUUCAUAUUUAUACAGUCGGCUCUGUAUUUAUUCUCUCUGAUAACGUUCAAAAAGUAGUUUAGCUACCUAACAUUUGUUAGAAUACAAGGUAUGUUGUACUGUUUUUCAUAUACCAAAUACUAUUGAAGUAAAAUGUUUCAAGUAUGCUGAAAGAAUUGUAAUACUGCACUUUAACUUAUUUUUGUUGCAAUUUAUUAUCUAACUCAAGUAAGUUUCCUGUCUCAGUGAAAAUCAGUGGUUGUCUGAAGCAUAAAACUAUCAAAAGUCUAAAACAAUGAAUCUGUAAUAUAUAAUUCAUUGAAUUGUAAACCUUUACUUUUGUACUACCCAACAUCGCUGUUUUGGAAGCAGCUUCAGUGUUAAUUUACAAGCCUUAUUUUGCCAAAAAUGUAUUGAUGUUGUUUUUUAAAACCAAAUCUGAAAGUAAACUGUUUUUUUGUUGAUAACACUUCAUAUUCAGUUUUUAUACAAGAUAAUUUAAUUAUUUAAACAGUCAUCUGAAUGUAUUGUUAUGUAUUUCUUUUUUUAUGAAGCCUGUAGUCUACUGGAAUUAAACACAUUAACAACACAUUUUAUUACUAGGUGCAAAAAAAUAUGGAAAUAAAGUAAUGUACUGUA